AAUUAUUAAUAAUAAUUUAAUAAUAAUAAAAAGUGUUCGAAAAAUCGAAGAGGUUAGCGGCGAUAAAUGCCUCGGAAAUGUUCGAAAAAUCAUUUCUGAGUUAACAGGAGAAUAUAUUGUGCAAAGAGGUAUUAGGAGUUCGCUAUUAGGAGAAUAUAUAUGCGAAGAGGUCUCUUAAAAAAUUGACGGUCGGUAAAUUACCAUCGUCGGUAAGUUAUCAUCGUCUGUAAGUUACCAUCAGAAUUACCGACAUCUAUUUUCUGACUUACCUCUUCGCAAAUAUAUUCUCUUAAUAACUACCUCUUCGCAAAAUAUAUUUUCCUAUUACCUCAAACAAUUUUUCAGACAUAUUUUGCUGCAUUACUACCUACUACCUCUUCGCGAAAUAUAUUUUCCUGUUAACUCAAACGAUUUUUCAAGCAUCUUAGACGCAUGACCGUAUGACAUACAUGUGAAACAUAACCUGUUCUAGAUUUAAUAAUGCUAAAUAAUUUUUAUGAAUUGAUACAUUUAAGUGAAAAAUUGACAAUAAUAAAAAAUACAACGUGUACUACAAUGAAUGUUGUUAUUAACAAUUAUAAUAUUUAAUCAGGAUGUGAAAGAAAAGAAGAAUGAAAAUACUGUAGAUCAAAAGAAAAACAUAAUGGUAAAAGGAGAAGAAUAAACUAAAAAAUAAAACGACUUCAAUUAUUAUUGUAAUAUUACAUUGCUAAAAAAUGCCGGUUUAUCAGGAAGCAGAACAAAUCCAAGCACAAACUAUUAUUGUUAUUCAUCCUGGCUCUAUGUAUCUUCGUAUGGGUCGUGCUUCUGAUCUGAAACCUGUUACAUUAUUACAUGCUGUGGCAAGAAGACGUUUACCAAAUGGAAUAAAAUACAAAGACAGUUUUCUGCCACCAGCUGUUAUAUUAACAAAGGAAUUGACACAAGCAAUGGAAGAGUCUCGGCUGCAGGUAUCGCAUACUUUACAAUCCUGUUUACAAUCAGAUGGAAGUCGAAGGUAUGCAACUCCACCACAACAAAUAGCAGCCUUUAAUCGCAGAUCCAGUCCAGAAAUCUCUUCUCCAUGCAACAUGAAAUGGACAAAUACUGAUCGUGACAUAGUUGUUGGUGAUGAUAUUUUGUCAUUAGAUCCAGAGGAAGAAUCUAAUUUUAAUAUUCAUUUUCCCUAUAAAAGAGGUGAAGUCAACAUACAUGCAGGUCCAGAUGGCAGUUUAACAGCUAUCAUGGCAGAUUUAAAAACAAUUUGGGAAUAUGUAUUGACUGAAAAGCUGGAUAUUCCUUUGAGAGAUUUAAAACACUAUCGUGCAGUGCUUGUUGUACCUGAUAUUUAUCAUCGACCUUAUUUGAAGGAAUUAACUACAUUAUUGUUGGACGAAAUUGGUUUUGGUCGCUGUAUUCUGUUGCAAGAUCAUGUAGGCGCGCUAUUUGGUGCAGGUUUGGGUUAUGCGUGUGUGGUAGAUGUUGGAGCACAGAAGAUAUCAGUGUCAUGUGUGGAAGAUGCAAUUUCUCAUAAGGAUACGCGAGUACGUAUGGAUUAUGGUGGUGCAGAUGUCACACAGACCUUUUUCUGGCUUUUACAAAAAUCAGCAUUUCCAUACAAAUUGUGUGAUCCUAUUAACAAAUUGGAUGCAUUGCUUUUGGACCAAUUGAAAAUAGAUUUUUGUCAUGUGGAUUUAAAUGUAUGUGGCUCACAAGAGAAAACGUUUGUUGUUAGAAAGCCAAAACAACAAACAGAGACAUAUACCUUGCAGGUAGGAGAUGAAUGCUUAAUAGCACCUUUGAGCUUGUUUCAACCUGAAUUGUUCAGAAUUACUGGAACUCAUAAUGUUCAUGUUCAGAAACGAUCAUUAGGAGAUCCAGAAGAUCCUUAUGAUGAGAAUUAUUUAAGAGAAACGAGCAGACGCGGAAUAAAGGAAUCUUUAGAUCAUUCAUCAGAGAUGCAGGAGGAAACUACAACUGUACCUACUACUGUGGGUGAAGACGAGGUUGUAGUCGACGCAGUUGGGGAUUCCGUACCUAGUUUGUCUAAUCGCGAUUUAGAAGUUCCUCGAGAUUUUGUGGUCCCACAACAAUUAUUGGGGCUUGAUCAAGCCAUAUUACAAAGUAUAGAACGAUGUUCCAAUGAAGAUUUCAAGAGAAAAAUGUAUAGUUGCGUGCUAGUCGUCGGAUCGGGUUUAAAAUUCAAGGGUAUUGGUACAUGGCUUCGCAAUCGAAUAUCUCUUCAAACACCUUAUACAUACAGACCUGAACAACUGGAUAUUAUAACACAGCCAAAGGACAUGGAUCCUGGUAUGACGACUUGGAAAGGAGCAGGAAUUUUAAGUUGCUUGGAAUCAGCGCAGGAGUUGUGGAUCACUCGAACUGAAUGGCACCGGUGGGGAGUAAGAAUAUUAAGAGAAAGAUCACCUUUUUUGUGGUAAAAAACGAUAUCUGCUAUUUAUUAUAUUACUUAUUAAUAAUUAUAUAGUACAUAAUAUAAUAAAGUCUAACACAUAGUCUACAAUAGAA